CAAAUAGCGGCUUCAAUAUAGCGGCGUUUGUUUUGUUUGCCGCACUUAAUAUUUCAUCGUUUUACCCGUAAUAAACUUAUAUUUAACACAGAAUGGACGGCGAUUUAUACGACGAAUUCGGUAAUUAUAUUGGGCCGGACCUUGACUCCGACUCUGAUGAUGAGCAGAGUGUUUAUGGACAAGAUAAUCGUGAUGCUGACGAAGAUGCUAUGGAAGAAGAUGAGGAUGCAGACGCUGAACCUGAAGCUGCUCCUAUGUCUGUCGUUCUCCAUGAAGAUAAACGAUAUUACCCACAAGCAGUAGAAGUGUAUGGUCCAGAUGUAGAAACUGUAGUCCAAGAAGAAGAUACACAGGCAUUAGACAAACCCCUCAUUGAGCCUGUUAAGCACAAGAAGUUCCAAAUGCAGGAGCAACAUCUGCCAGAUACUACAUAUGAUAUGGAGUAUUUAGCCGAUAUGCUUGAUAACACAAAUUUGAUAAGAAAUGUGACCCUGAUGGGGCAUUUACAUAAUGGAAAAACUUCUUUCGUGGAUUGUCUUAUUCGGCAGACGCAUCCCGGCACAGUUAACAAUGAGACAACAAUACCAAUGCGUUAUACUGACACAUUAUUCGUUGAGCAGGAGCGUGGAGUGUCAAUCAAAUCAAUGCCUGUUACCUUGCUUUUAAAAGAUGUCAAGGGAAAGUCGCACUUAUUAAACAUAAUGGAUACACCGGGGCAUGUCAAUUUUAGUGAUGAGGUUACAGCUGCUCUAAGAAUUUCAGAUGGUGCCGUACUGUUUGUCGACGCAGCAGAAGGGAUAAUGUUAAACACAGAACGCCUCCUCCGCCAUGCUGUUCAGGAACGAGUUCCUCUAACUCUGUGUAUAAACAAGAUUGACAGACUCAUAUUAGAACUGAAGCUUCCCCCCGCAGACGCGUAUUACAAGCUACGUCAUAUAAUCGAUGAGUUGAAUGCAAUGUUUGAAACUAAUCAACCACAAGACAAUCCAGAGGAACCAGCGACUAUCUUUUCUCCAUUAUUAGGCAAUGUCUGCUUUGCUUCAUCAUUGUACGACGUUUGCUUCACACUGGAAUCAUUUGCUGCCAUGUAUGCUAACGCACACGACAGUGGUCUCCGAGCGUCCGAUAUGGCUGCAUGGUUAUGGGGCGACGUGUAUUUCAACGCCAAGACUAGACGAUUCACAAAGAAACAGCCUCAUGCGUCCGCACAGAGAAGCUUUGUUGAAUUUAUAUUGGAGCCGUUGUACAAGAUUUUUGCACAGGUGGUUGGUGAUGUGGAUGACACUUUACCGGCAGUAUUAGAUGAGUUGGGCAUUAAGCUUACUAAGCAGGAAUCUAAGUUGAAUGUACGUCCACUGUUGCGGCUAGUUUGUAGUCGAUUCUUCGGAGAUUUCUGCGGGUUCGUGGGCAUGUGCGUGCGGCACGUGCCGUCCCCGCUGGCGGCGGCGCCGCGCAAGGUGGCGCACGCGUGGCGCGGCGCGGGCGGCGCGCUGCGCGACAGCAUGGCGGCCUGCGACCAGGCCGGCCACCUCGUCGCGCACACCACCAAGAUGUACCCCACGGAUGACUGCACCUUCUUCUUGGUGCUGGCUCGCAUCAUGUCGGGCACGCUGUACGCGGGCCAGAGCGUGCGCGUGCUGGGCGAGAACUACAGCGCGCAGGACGAGGAGGACUCGCGCGUCAUGAACGUGGGCCGUCUGUGGCUAUAUGAGGCGCGCUACAAGGUUGAGCUAAACCGAGUACCUGCUGGCUGUUGGGCGCUUAUCGAAGGAAUCGACCAGCCGAUAGUGAAGACUUGUACACUGGUAUCAGCCGAUGAAGAUGAAGAGCUGCACACAUUCAAACCUCUCCGCUUCAACACACAGGCGGUUGUGAAAAUUGCCGUGGAGCCUGUGAACCCUUCUGAACUGCCAAAGAUGUUAGAUGGAUUGAGAAAGGUGAACAAGUCGUACCCGGUGCUGUCGACGCGCGUGGAGGAGAGCGGCGAGCACGUGGUGCUGGGCACCGGCGAGCUGUACCUCGACUGCGUCAUGCACGACCUGCGCAACAUGUACUCCGAGAUCGACAUCAAAGUUGCGGAUCCAGUGGUAUCAUUCUGCGAGACGGUCGUGGAGACGUCCUCGCUCAAGUGCUUCGCGGAGACCCCCAACAAGCGCAACAAGCUGACGAUGAUAGCGGAGCCGCUGGAGCGCGGCCUCGCCGAGGACAUUGAGUCGGGCGCCGUCUGCGUCACGUGGGACCGGAGGAGGCUCGGGGAGUUCUUCCAGACCAAAUACGAUUGGGACUUGUUAGCGGCUCGUUCCAUCUGGGCCUUCGGUCCCGACGCGACGGGGCCCAACAUCCUCGUAGACGACACGCUGCCAUCUGAAGUUGAUAAGAAUCUUCUGGCUUCUGUUAAAGAUAGUAUCGUACAAGGUUUCCAAUGGGGGACGAGAGAGGGUCCACUGUGCGAAGAGCCGAUUCGUAACGUGAAGUUCAAGAUACUGGACGCGGUCAUCGCACAGGAGCCGCUUCACCGAGGCGGCGGGCAGAUCAUACCGACGGCUAGACGGGUGGCUUAUUCCGCAUUCCUGAUGGCCACUCCUCGUCUGAUGGAGCCCUAUUUAUUCGUGGAGGUGCAGGCGCCGGCCGAUUGUGUAUCUGCUGUAUAUACAGUUUUGGCGAAACGCAGAGGUCACGUGACCCAGGACGCGCCGGUGCCGGGCUCGCCGCUGUACACGAUCAAGGCGUUCGUGCCCGCCAUCGACUCGUUCGGCUUCGAGACGGACCUGCGCACGCACACGCAGGGCCAGGCCUUCUGCCUGCAGGUGUUCCACCACUGGCAGAUCGUGCCCGGGGACCCGCUCGACAAGAGCAUCGUCAUCCGACCCCUAGAGCCGCAACCGGCUACGCAUUUGGCGCGUGAAUUUAUGAUCAAGACACGAAGGAGAAAAGGCUUGAGCGAAGAUGUAUCCAUCAACAAGUUCUUCGACGACCCUAUGUUGUUGGAGCUCGCUAGACAGGAUGUACAAUUUAAUUAAUUUGUGUAUUUAAAUAUAAGAAAAAAAAAAAAUUAAACUUAUUUUUUUAGUAA